GAAUAACCACAUUCCUCUGUAGCACUCCUCCUCUCUUAGACUGCAAGUGUUUAAAAUGCGAGGUGGUAAGAAGAGUACUUGAGAGGUCUUGUGCACAGGCAGGAUAGGGGAGGGCUUCUCUUGGCAGGGCACAAUGGAAUCUUUCACAGUGGGGGACACUGUUCCUCCUCCUGCUGCUACAUGGGGCAUAACAAGAAGCCAGUCUUGUUUUUCAGUAGAGAUUUAGUUUCUAUCCCCUUCAUAUGCCAUUAGUGUCAGUGGUCUUUGGCUCACAACAUCUCCGGGUUGCUGUGCUGGCUUGCUGAAGUAUUCUGAGAUUUGGGUGUCUGAGGAGAUCCAGGGCAGGUUUUCUUUCUGUCCUUUAGAGGAACAGAAGCGACUCAAGGUAAAGGCAUGCAUGCUCGAUUUUUGUUUUGCUCUGCUCAUCCAAUACCAACGUCAAAAGGCUAAUGGAGUAAAUGACUAAACUUGCUGUUGGAAGUCAUUGCAGUGUGUGUGACCGACUCUGCAAGUCAGAACAAAGGAGAAAACCUUUUUAAACUAAAAUAACUGUGUCUUGUAUAGCUAUCAACACCACUGAUGCUUGAAUAUUUUUAAAUCAUUUAUUAAAUUAAAAAAUAACAAUAUAAAAAAGCAAGAAAAAGAAGACUUUUCUGCUGAAAGUGUUGGAUUUAAACUAGCUUGUAUUAUCUAAACAUCAGAGGUGCCUGUGUAAACAAACAUCUUUUUAAAAAGGGAAGGUGGUAUGUGGGGUUCAUGCGGGGUCGUGGUGUUUGGAUUGGAAGCUUUUCAUCUGAUAGAGCCGAAAGGUGAACAGGGUUUGUUUGCCUGCAGCCAGAAGAAAGAAAAGUAAAAAAAAAAAAAAAAAAAAAAACGCACGCAUGUUCAAAUCCACAGCGUGCUGGUUUUGAAUGGAGGACCUUCGGGAGUGACACCUAUGAAGGCAGGUUCACUGCAGCGCAAUAGGACUGUUUACUGUAUCUCUGUCACGCUGAUUAGGAGUGAGCAGGGCCGGCUGUGGGAGGCGGGGAAAGACAAUGCUCAGCUUGCCUCGGCAGCAGAUAGGAGCGCCUCCUGGGAGCAGUAGGGAGUGUGCUUAGUCUCUGGAGGUAGCUCGGGGCAUAGAAGUCCUUCAGGAUCCCCAUGCAAGCUCAGUCUAAACACUGACAUUAGAGGCAGAGCGAGGAGUGGCUGUGUCAAUGCUGGCGAGGAAAAAAUGAAGGAGGACAGGUUUAUAGAACGGAAUAACUCUUUGAAAAACUUAGCAGAGGCAACCCAGGAAGGAAUCCCUCUGUCUCCUCCACUGCAGGAGCGGCACUGGAACGACUGCCGUUCAGUCGGUCGGGAUGAUCCAGGAGAGCUUUCCCUUUUGGACUCUCCCCCACUGCCCGAGCAGCAGCAGCAGGAUUCUGCAUGUCCCUCAAGUCCCGGGCAAGUUAAGCUCAGAAGAGCACUUCAGAACCAGCCUUCUUACGACAGGAGGGCUGUGAGCAUGUACAGCGCCCCCAGCAAAGUGGAGUCUGCAUUGCGAGCCACCCAGGUGAGGCAGGGGAGACCCAAGAGUAUCUGUAUGGUGGCGGGUGGCAGGACAGUGGCUGGAUUCAACUCUGAACCGACCUCCCCACCCCCCCAGCCACACAGCACAGUGAGCAGCCUAAUUGAGCUUCUUAGGCAGCAAAAAGUAAAGGAAAUGGAUCUUCAUGCUGGGUGUGCUGGUAACGCCAGCAAGAACCCAGGAGAGGCCACUAAGGUUCUGGUCUUCCCCCAGGAGGUAUCCUUGAGGCCGAAACCAAAGGGCAAGCGCAGAACGGUCAGCAUGACCUUCUUGGAGAUCAACAAGGUGGUCCCUCAGGUAGAGCAGCUGGGCUUCGAGGAUGAUCUUGAGUCGGAAAGCUCCUCCAGCUUCAGCCGGACCAGCAGCAGCUCCAGCUUCCUGAGGUCUGGAUUCCGCUGGAAGAUGUUUGGGAAAUCUGCCGGGGAAGACGGGAAGUCGCCCCAGCAGGGCACGAAAGAGGAAAGCCCAAAAAGGACCCUGGCAUCUUUCAGGAGAAGUCUGAGCUUCAGAAUAAGGAGAGGGCUUAAUAAAGGGGAAAGCGAGGAGACGGAUGGCCGCAUCCGUGCGAAAAGCGAUGGUGAUGCCAAUCUCUAUCCCCAGCGCCCCUUCUCUUAUUUGAACGGAGGACUCCUGCCACCUCUUCCUGGCAAGACAGGGUCCCCCACAGAGGAUAGUGUGUUUCACUACAUGAGGUACCAGAGCAAAGGGAAGCUCAAAGUCCUGGAGAUCCCUGUUAACCCCAAGCUCUCCAAACCCUGCACAGACGAGCCUAGCGUGUGGAGGUUGCUGACUGAGCGUUUUAGGAAAAAGGAACAAUCUCCCUCCGAGAAAUCUGAAAUAAACUUUCAUAACACAGAGCCUGUAAAAAUCCCCCUGGCCAGGAAAGAGAGACCAGAACUUGUUGUUGCCAUAGAGACUGUUAUUGGCACACAAUGCAGGGAAACUCAAGACUCCUUUGUGAACAGCCAAGAAUGGACGUUAAGUCAAUCCGUACCAGAGCUCAAAGUGGGUAUUGUAGGCAAUCUAUCAAGCGGGAAAUCGGCACUGGUCCACAGGUACCUGACUGGCACAUACGUACAAGAGGAAUCCCCUGAAGGUGGCAGGUUUAAGAAGGAGAUUAUUGUCGAUGGACAGAGUUACCUCCUUCUGAUCAGAGAUGAGGGGGGCCCCCCUGAACUACAGUUUGCCGCCUGGGUUGAUGCUGUGGUCUUUGUCUUCAGUCUGGAAGAUGAAAUCAGUUUCCAGACAGUUUAUAAUUACUUCCUGCGGCUCUCCAGUUACCGAAACACAGCCGAGGUCCCCAUGGUCCUUGUUGGCACACAAGAUGCAAUCAGUGCUGCGAAUCCCAGAGUUAUUGAUGACUCCCGGGCGAGGAAACUAUCCAAUGAUCUGAAACGAUGCACUUACUACGAGACCUGUGCCACGUACGGUCUCAAUGUGGAACGAGUGUUCCAGGACGUUGCCCAGAAGGUGGUAGCUUUAAGGAAAAAGCAGCAGCUUUCUAUUGGUCCCUGCAAGUCUCUGCCAAACUCUCCCAGCCAUUCCUCCGUCCCCUCCUCCUCCUCCUCCAUCCCCUCAGUGCACAUUAACCAGGCGACCAAUGGCAGUGGCGGGUUCAACGAUUAUUCCUCUUCUGUCCCAUCAACUCCCAGCAUCAGCCAGAGAGAGAUGCGGAUCGAGACCAUUGCGGCCUCCAACACACCCACUCCUAUCCGCAAGCAGUCCAAGCGCCGCUCCAAUAUCUUCACAUCUCGAAAAGCCAGCGAGCAGGCAAAGAGCGUGGACUGUAAAACAGACAACAUUGGAAGUGGACGGGCCAUUCCUAUAAAACAGGGUAUUCUCCUCAAGAGGAGUGGCAAGUCUCUGAACAAGGAGUGGAAAAAGAAGUAUGUUACGCUGUGUGACAACGGUGUCCUCACCUACCACCCCAGCCUACAUGAUUACAUGCAGAACGUCCAUGGCAAAGAGAUUGACUUGUUGAGGACGACAGUGAAGGUACCUGGAAAACGACCCCCGAGAGCUGUGGCUACAACAGCUCCUACUGCCAGUCCCAAAACCAACGGGCUCACAAAGGACAGGAGCAACCUGCAGCUAGUGCCAGGGAAUACUGGGGCCCCCCACUCCACCAGCAGCAGCUCCCUGCAGUCAGAGCGCUCGGUCAGUGGCAUCAACCUAGUGGCCUACAGCGCCAAGCCCGACGGGAUGCACCAGCGCUCCUUCUCAGUGUCCAGUGCUGACCAGUGGAACGAGGCCGUCAUCACCCCCAGCAGCGGCACCGGCGCCGCUAAUGGGACAACAGACUCUCUGUGCUCCAGCCCCAUUGUGUCGAGCACAAAUAGCCCAAAGCUGGAGCCCCCACCGUCGCCCCACGCCAGCCGCAAGAAACACAGGCGGAAAAAGAGCACGGGUGCAACAAAACCAGAUGGGCCCGCGACAGGCAACGAAGAGCAAGAGGAGUCAUUUGAGUUCAAUAUUGUGUCGCUGACUGGUCAGAUGUGGCAUUUCGAGGCAUCCACCUAUGAUGAGAGGGAGUCUUGGGUUCAGGCUAUUGAGAGCCAGAUCUUUGCCAGUUUACAGUCAUGUGAGAGCAGCAAAAACAAGUCCCGGUUGGGUAGUCAGAGUGAUGCACACGCCAUCCAGUCAAUCCGUAACGUAAGAGGGAACAGCUUCUGUGUGGACUGUGAAGGGCCUAACCCAGACUGGGCCAGUUUGAACCUCGGUGCCCUGAUCUGUAUCGAAUGUUCUGGAAUCCACCGGAACCUUGGCACGCACCUGUCACGUGUGCGCUCUCUGGACUUGGACGACUGGCCAGUGGAGCUCAGCAUGGUGAUGAUGGCUAUCGGCAACGCCUUGGCGAACAGUGUCUGGGAGGCCUUGGUUGAGGGCUACACCAAACCCACUUCAGACAGCUCCAGGGAGGAAAAGGAGUGCUGGAUCCGGGCAAAGUACGAGAAGAAGUUAUUUUUGGCGUCGUUGCCCCAGUCCGAUGUGCCCCUGGGACAGCAGCUGCUCCGGGCCGUGGUGGAGGAUGACCUGAGGCUGGUGGUGCUGCUCCUGGCCCACGGCUCCAAGGAGGAGGUGAACGAGACCUACGGGGACGGGGACGGAAGGACCGCUCUGCACCUGUCCAGCGCCAUGGCCAACGUGGUCAUCACGCAGCUGCUGGUCUGGUAUGGUGUGGAUGUGAAGAGCAGGGAUGCCCGUGGCCUGACCCCACUAUCCUACGCACGGAGAGCUGGCAGCCAGGAGUGCAUUGACAUCUUGAUCCAGCACGGCUGCCCCAACGACAACUUCAUUCCCAUCCCCACACCCAACCUGUCCCGCCGCAACACCAACAACAAUGCCCAGUGCGAGCUGAACCACAGCGCCAGCAUCAUGUAGCCAGGGUGGGGAGGGAGGGGGGCAGAGGGACAACAACCACCUGUUACUCAAAACAUCUGACUUGAUCUCACCCAGCCCCUCCCCUCCCACCAAGCCUCAUCUUAGUUAACAGACUUGCCCUAUAUUAUAAGGAGAGAAUUACAGCAGUCAGUGACAAGGGAAUAAGUGACAUUACUUUUACUGGGGCUUCCUUCCAUUCUGAAGUUAACCGCUGAACUUCAGGGUACAUGUAUCUUUGAAUCAGUUUAAAUUAAAGAUGAAACAGUGCUAAAACACUACACAGAUACUUAAUGGGGAAAAAUACUCUGAAAGACAAACUUCAGCCAAGAAGCUUUUUUUGUUAUAUAUACUAUAUAUAGUAUUGGGGAAACAUGACUUAUUUUUUUUUAUUUUUAUUUUUUUCAUCAAGCUAAAUCAGGGUUCUCAGCUGGAUUCUAAUCCACAAAAAUCCUUUUCUGCCUCAGCUUUCAGGACCUCCCCUGGUGUUUGACCCUCAGCACCUGUCCUUGCCCUGUGAUUGCCAUGGGAUCCUUAUUGUGCUGAGAUAAAUACACUGCAGUCUUCUCGUUCCAGACGGAAGCUUUUUGUGAUAUUACUGGACAUGUUCAGGUGGCUUGCUCUUCUGUGUUUUUAGGGUCUGUAUCCAGUACCAAUUUCAUCAAACAUACCGUUUUAUUGACGUUUUGUGCUGUGCGCUGUGUUCACCGCUUCUAGGUAUUGUACCAUGUUAUCAGUUUUAUUGUCGAGUUGCACUAUGUCUUCUCUUUCCAAAGCUUUAUCCCAGUAGUUAACAUACUGUGUUUUACUGCAUACCUAUUCUGUAUGUUGUCAUAUUGUCUUCCUGGAUGUGUGAUAUUCAGCAUUGAUUGCGUUCCUUAACUGAGCAGGACUGUAUUUACCCCUUCAGCUUUAGUACAGUGGAAAUCUGUUUUUUGUGUACUGUGUUUAUUUUUGUUGUUGUUGAGGUAAAACCAUUUAAAACAAACAAAAAAAAAAAAGUAGACAAACAGCAGGAUUAUAUCAGAGCAUUAAUUUCUUCUAGGUUUACCUGAGUAUUUCCGAGUGUUUUUAAAGUUUUUUUUUUUUAUUAUUGUAAUGCUAUGCUCAUCUCCCAUCACUUGUUUACCACUACAGCUGAGCAGGUAGGAACACUAAUGCUUUAAAAAAAAAUCAUUAGGAGUUUGGAUGGUCCCGAGUUCUGUGCACAAAUAGAAUCCCUGUCCUUGCUCUUCCUGACAGAGAGAAUGUGUGUGCUGACCUUUUUGCACUGCCUAAAGGUGUUGUGGUCUUGUUGAAAUGUUUAGGCUUGCAACACCUAUUCUAAAGACUGUGUUCAUUCAUGCCCUUCUGUUUUAUAAGUAUAAAGUCUCGAAGCUUAUUUGAAACAUAACUUGUUCUUCCACCUGCACUUUUAAAACCAAAGCCAUGCUUGACUUGUGUAGCGUUUUGUACAAGGCAAGACUCACGUGUCAGAAGUGAUUUUAACUGAUUUAUUGCAGAAGCUGGACUUACGCUGCAGUACUAUAGUGCACUUCACUGUUAUGUCAAUCUCCCUUCAUUUUAGGAAAUGGCAAACUCCCAAAGAUCAUUUUAUAGCUUGUUUUUCUUUUAUACUGUAAUUAUUUUUUGUAUCAUUUUUGUCAGCUUCUUACCAAUAUUAUGUUAUUUUUCCUCUAAGUGGGAAGGCUGUAUCCCUGCCUUGUGUGAACCAUGUGGUUAUUUCUGCACAGAACUAAGGAACAUUCAGAAAACUCACGUGCACCUGUGUUAUAAGAUUGGCACACUAUUGAGGAAUUAACGAUUGCAAUUGCAUCCAAUUUAUCAAUAGGUUAUUGACUAUGCAAUCAUGACCUUUGUGAUAUACUCACAGGAGCGGAGCAAUCACUUCUCUGUUGCCUUGUAAGCAGUAAGACGAAGUGAAUGAUCUAUUUGAGGUGCUUCAAAGUGUUGCAGCUGAAUGGUUGGAGUGAUUUGUUUACUCUGCAGUUACUGGAAGCUGCUUGAUAGCCUCACUAGAGAGGACUGUUUUAUAUAUUUGGUUCUUUGUUUUCAGGUUUUAUCAGAUUUUCACCCCAAAUCCUGCUUUUCUUUGUUGUUUUUAUACAAUUCCCUCCAUGUUUUUUUCUGAAUUGAAAAUUUAAAGUAUAACACAAAGUAAUUCUUGUUAGUUCCUUUUUGGGUACUGAUCCAUCAUAGUGCUUUCACAAGUGUUUAAAGGUUCUACAUCCUGCAGCGCCAUAGAGAUUAUUUAAAUGAAGUUUAAAAGAUUGAACAACAAUUUUAGGGACUAUGAAUACUUGUUUGUUUGUUCUUAAAUGUUCACAAAUAAGGUUAAGCACAUCUGUUGCAUUGUUCUGCCGUUUUAAAAUGUAAACUGUAGAACAUUUUCACCUGGAAAUCAAUAGAAGAAACUGAUUUUCUUCUGUUUUUUAAAGAUUAAAAAUGAAGACAAUAUAAAAAUAGAACACCCGGGGGGGGGAAAAAAAGAAAGGUUGUUGGUUUUCAAUCUGUGUUUUUAGUACUAAAAACCUUUGGUUUUGCACUAUGCAAAUAUAUCAGAAAUUACUUCAACAUGCUCCAUGUUGGUUUGAGGAAUUGUAACCAAAGCUAUCGGUGGGCUUUAUUCGUUAUGCAUUAUUUUACUCUUGAAUAAUUGAUCAGUUUGUUUUGCAGUAACAUCCCCAAGACAACCAAAGUGAUUGUUCUGAAGGUGCUUUGAUUACAAAUCAGAGGGCUCAAUCUGUUUAUCCAGCAGUAAGGUGCUUUAACCUUUAACCAUUGUUUCUUUCAAAUCAUGUUCUAAUUUAUUCUGAGGUACCCUGAUCAGUUUAAUCAGUCCGUCAUUAUCCCUGUAGGAGAUUCUCUCGUAUGUUAUACAUGGCAUAUUAAACAGUAAAACACAGUGCAAACACUACCACAUGCCAUACAGUAUUUGUAACACAGGAUGAAAAAAUGACAGUAGCAAAGCAACCUUUGUAGAGAAAUGUACUUGUUACAGGAUCUUAAAUUUCUAAGUGUGAAAUAAUUUUGAAGGGUUUGGAUCUGUAGGUGGAUAUGAUGGGAAACAGGUUAGAUUCUAAGUAUAUCCCGGUACACAGCCACGCCUAAUAAUCAGUGACUGCUCUCAUUCAAUCAUCAGCUGCAAAAUGCAGAACUGCUAAGAGUGUAGGGAUAUAGAUUAGAGGAAGGGGCAUGGGACUAGUGGACAUGCAGGUAGGCUCCUGCAUUAGCUAUUGUAAACUGUGUGUGUGCGUGCAUCGGAGAGAGAAAGAGGGGGUGUGAACGAGUGAAUGCAAAUUCAUUCAGAUUAAGCAAGAAAGGUUUAAAACAGUGUUGUAGUACAAGUAGCGUCAUCCUAUACAGGACUGUGUUUUGUAGUCAACUGUUCUGCCCGAGACAUCCUUUGAAACUUCAACACCACAGAAGUAACAUCCAGCAGUAUGGAGACAUUGUAAUGACAAGAGGGUUGUCUGUUUUAUAUUUCUAUUUUCCUUUUAAUAUAAAUAGAUUACUAUUUUACAGUUCAGUAGCAAUUGCAGGUUGUGUCGAGAGCACAUCUAAAUGUCCCAACAUGUGAUAAAAGCAAUCUUGUUUUAAAAUAAAGCUACAGAUACAACUGACCACCCAAGGGACUGAGUUUAGGAAUGAGUUUACAAUAAAAAAAAAGAAUGCAAAAAGUUCAGUAUUGCUUCCAAAUAAAUCACAUGUCCUAUAUUGAUCUGCUCUGGAAGCUAUUCGGGGAAAAAAAAACCCAAAAUGGAGACUUGGAAUGUGCUAGUGAUGGGGGAAUCUCCAGUGGCACAUGUCUACAUGUUUGUUUGUUUUUUGUCCUCUACCAAAUAGUACAGAGUUGAAAUUCUACACGUUCUGGUUCUGAAAUGCACACCUUUCGAAGUGAACUAGCAUACAUUUCAUUUGACAGACUUUGUAAAAACAGAUAAGCAGUGGACCAGCAACCCAGUGCAAUUUCAAAACUGAUAAAGGUGUGUUUAGCCAUCAGGUUUUCUUUCCUCUGCAGAUGUAUUUAUUGUUCACCUGGCCAACCAGGAACUCUCAGUAAAGCACCAUGGCACAGCCUGCUUUACACGAUUCAUUCCAAGUAAAAGUAAUUAAGACAUUAAAACCUGUAAAUCAAUUCCACCCUGCAUUAAGUUCAAUAUAGUAAUGUUUGUUUCAUGAUAAGAUACAUAUUUUUUUACUUUUGUUUUCAUAUAAUAAGUGAUCAGUAAAGCAACUGUAUACAACAUGAGAGCUUACCAGCAUGUGUCAAGGUGCAGCAAAGUUACUAAAAGAUACUAAACUCUUAGUCUGUGUUUCACAUUAUACACAGAUACUAAACUCUGUGUAUAAUGUGAAAGCAAGCAAUUGAUCAGUCAGUAAUUGGUGAAAAUGUAUACGAAAUACUUGUGUUUGAAACGAACAUUAUUCAAAUGGACUUUAUGCAGUACAUUAUUUGUAUUUUAAACACUGUGAGUAUUCAGCCUAUAUUAAUAUAUUUAUAAAACGAAGCCUGUUUUCUGAAUACAUUAGUAGAGGUAAGCUGAAGACUAUUCCUUAUGUUUUAAAUGGUCUCUGAGGAGGAAAAGCCUGGUAGCGUAUGAAACACUGGAGAAAGCGGUGAAUUCACUCACAUAUUAUCUAGCUCCAGUCCUUUGUGGGAAAGUUUCAAAGCAAAUCUGAAUGAGGGGCACACCUGGGAGAACAUUCAGCGAGGCAGGAGGAGUGUUUGCGAUCGCCAUCUACCCUUUGAUGAUGCUGCAUGUGGCUCUCUUACCCCCAAUCAUGAAUGCAAAUCCUUUCUAAAAUCCUGCAGGUAGAAAUAUUCCCCCUCAUCUUUCUUCUAUACUCGGUACUUGUUCAAUAUAGUUAUAAAUCUAAAAACACAUAAUACGUUCUCUUUGGUUUGGCUAGUUUAGCAUCGAUAUAUAAAAUAAUUGACCCUACUUGAAUGAUGAGCGCUAGAAAGUGGCUAGGGGUAUACAGACUCUUAAAGGACACAUCUAACACAAAAUCUAUUCAGGUAUACCAUUGGUUUCCUAUACUGGAUCCAUAGCUGUAAUUUGUUACGGUCAUUUUUAGUAUUAAAGGUACUAUGAUUAUGUUGCAAUGCUUAUACAUCACCUGCCCUUUGAGGUACUCCAUGUAUAAUAAUGUACAUUUGAAAUAUUUAUAUUGCAGUAUGUAAAUAUUGUUUGAUUUUUUUUUCUGCGUUUAAAAAAUAAUAAUAAAAAAAAUGCUGUGUGCUUGGAUGACUGUUGACCAAUUAUAAAUGCUCAAAUAAAACAAUGUAGCUGCACCCAAACGAUGGGGAAAUGAA